GAAUGGCAUCGAUGCAAACACUCGGGAAUCUGCCGACCCUUCCUAUUGAGUAGUAGAUCGCUGCGUCAUGGAAUGGGAUGAUGACUUCCCUACUUGAGUUGGCCGCCUCACUUUCACCGUAUGUGUCCAGAUGCCCGCCGGGUCCAGGCCGGGUCCUGCCAGUGGUAUUGGGCCUUACAUGAGCGUUAGCGCACGAUCGGAUCUUGCGCAAGCGCUCGGUAUCCGACGUGAGCCAGCUGCCGUGAGCAGCUCGCUCACCCAACCGCGGUUCACCGAAGUCAUAGAUGCCUGCUCGGCCCUGACCGCGACCGCGACAACGAUGCCUGUGUUUCCCUCCAAUCCCCUCAGGACUAAUCCCGUGCACCGCCUGCUCCGAAAACACCCUUCGCUCUUCGGCGUACCGUUCGUCAUUAUCGUCGUCGGCGCGAGCUUCGCGAUGCAGAGCUUCACGCAGACACGGUACGACCUGCAUGACAAGAAGGUGACACAGGUGAACAAGGAGCAAGAGCUAGGGCUCGCGAAGGACCGGAAGAAGUUUGAUAUUCGGGAGGAGUACUUCCGGCUGAGCGCCGCAGCGGAUGAGGAAUGGGAGCCUAAGCGGAUCGAACGGCCGAAGGGCCUUCCCGAGUGGGGCGUCCCACCAACAGAACCCUCGAGCAAGCAAGACAAGGCCUGACGGAUCGCAGCCAAGCCGCGCCCACAGCUUUCCUACCCUCUGGUGUCAACACGCGCGCAACAUAGCAAGCUUCAAGUUUCGGUACCGUGCUAACUAUGGCGGCGGGCGCGCUCUGCGCCGCAGCCUACUCAAUACAACACCUUGCUCAAUCUCUGCACCGCGUUCAGGAGGAUGUCGCCCUGCCGGAUCACCGUCUCGUACUGCGCGGCCUUGAGCGGCGGCCGGUUGGUCUCCACGACGCCGUGCACUUUGUCAAUCGUGCAGUGUAACCGGCCCGAUGCAAUGAAGCGAGAGAGUUCG